AUGUCGUCAUCACCUUUGUCUUCUUCAUCCGUUGGUAAACGUAUUUUGAGUCAACCAUUUUGCUUCUGUGAGGCUGGGGCCACACUGAGAUAUUCAAAUAUUCCCAGAAAUCCAGAACAACCCUUCUUAAGCUAUCCAAAGUACAACAAUGAGGGCUUAUCAUAUUGCAAGUUCUUCAAGUGGGUGGAUAGUACUUUGGACAUAGAGCAAGAAAUUCAAGAAAUAAAAAAUGAAUUAUUAAGGAAGGAGGAACAGCUGAAAAUGGAUAAGAUUGAGUUCCAAAAGCGAGCCAAUGCGAUCAAGAAGAUGUUAUCCAAUAUACUUGAGGAGGUUCGGAAGCAAGAUGCUGAAAACAGGCGGAAACGCACACCACUCAAUCUGUAUUGUGCUAUGGCCAUUGUUGUUUCACGUUACUUUCUGUUGUCUAAGUGA